AUGUCGACUUCGCCGUCCUCGCCUGCCCUCUCGACGACGAGCUCGGUAGACGGACAACGGUCGGCGAGGGACGAGGGAUAUGCGCGAGAUGGAGGCGGGAAUGGCAGCGCGAUGCAGGACGGGCGCGAGACCCCCUACCUCCGUCCGCUUUUCGCAGGUCAAACGUAUUCCGAGUCGGUAUCUGUCGAUGGCUUGAUCUCGAGGAGACGGCGACGCCGGGCGCUCAUCAUCAUCGUCCCGCCGCCCAUCCUGCUAUCAGCCUUUUCCUCUUCCGCCAGCUUGUUCUCGAUUGCAUACGGUCCGCCCGAGCGCUUCGAGAGCGGUGCCCUCAUGUCUCUUCAAGGCAGUCUCGGUGCCCAACUCGCUCUCAUCGCCCGCGAGUACGGCCUACCUUCGAUCGCCGGCCUCUCCCUCUACCUCUCUGUACCGGAGAGCCUGCCAGCAGCGCCUCAUGCGCACGCCCACGCCGGUCCUCCGCCAAAAAGAUACGCUCCUCGGCUGACGGCAGAGACCUGGUCUACCCUGUGGUCCGCCUUUUUCGAGGGCACGAGCGACGAGUACACGAGCUCAGGUGCGCCGAGUCUGCCUAUCGCUGGCCGCAUUGAGUUCGACUUUGAUCUCAGUCGCGCGACAUGGCUUCGCGAGCUCGUCGAGGAUGCCCCGCCUCGCACUCUUCGGUUGCAGCAUCCUUUCAACCUGCCCAGCGCGCACGAGUCGCCCGCUAGCCAAGCUGAAGCUCGCUCGAUCUCCCUUGACGACACCGAAAACGAUGGAACGGUUGAUUCGGCGCAUGCGGAAGAUAAUGGAUCCGUCCUCGCCGACUACAUCGAGACCACCCAGAGCUCGUCUUCCAUCCGAACCUCGACUCCGCGCGCCAGCAUCACCUCGCCUCCUCCUCCCCCCAGCGUCCCUCUUGCAGCUAUGAUCAACGACAGCGGUUUCGCCGAACCGAGCCUCGCCGCGAAAGACACUUGCAGCUCGCCCACUCAGCUCAAUCGCAGCUUCACCUUCCCGCCCUCCACCGCAAGCCCCGCCCGAGGUGGCGCCGCAUCAAUCAGCCUUUUCCGCGCAUCUAACGAUGCAGGCCGGCUAGGCGAGAACGAUUGGACGGCACAGCUCGACCGACUUCGCGAAAUCAGCGAGACGUCAAUGCUCGAGGGAGUCGAGCAUGCCAGCCAGCUUGGUAGCUUCGACGCCUCGGGCUCGCUUGGCGAGCUCUUGAUGAGCAUUGUGGAGGAGGAGCGAGACGACGAGGUCGCACCUACGACGGCCGACGUCGUCGACAUGGUCCAGUCCGUUGAAGCUGCCGGCGCAACGCAGCUGGUCGCGCCAGUCCGCCCUUCGGCUUCGUUCCAGCUUCCUUACCCGGUCAUUCAGCCGUACCCUCCUGUCUAUCCCAGCAUCAACCUGUAUCCUUCCAUUGAGCGAUUCGGUACCGCGUUCGAGCGCCAAGACGAGCCAUACGACGCCCUUCGCGCCAACGUCGACUCGCCAACGGAUGAAGCAACUCACGACCCGCUCGUUCCCGACAUCGCCCUCUCCCUGGCUGUCGAGCCGACACAUACCGCCAACCCUCAAGGCGACUUUGACUUCCCAGCUCAUCUCUCGCUCGACCCGCUCACGCGCGCUGCCGGGCCUGCCUCGCCUCUCCCCUCCCCGACCAUCACGCCCGCCUCGCUAAGUCGCAGCUCGACCUCCUCCUCCUCUGACGCCCAUGACUACCCAGUUGAUUUCGACGACUACACGCUCGAGGUGACAGAGGCGCUCUCCUCGACUUUGGACUACAGUGGCGAGCUGGACUCGCUAGGUCUUGACCACGCAGACGACUACUUCGUCCUUAACACGAGUCAAGCGCCGCUCGAUGGUAGCUCUGACAGCGAGAGUGAUACGGAGAGUCAGUCUUCAACGGAGGAAGACGCUGCGGUAGACCGGGAACUCGGCGGUUUGGUCGAAGUCGACGACGCCUGUCGAACAUUCGAUGUCCCCUCAUCGCCUCUUCCUCCUUCACCGGAACCCGUCCUCUUCGCUUUCCACUCUCUCGCAGAAUCUCGCGACUUGCUCGAUGCUGUCGCUCUCUUCGUCCUGGAAGCCCAGGGUCAAUCGAUCGACCGACGAGGUGCUUUCAGCGUUGCCGUUGGCGGAACGAGCGCUCCUCUCUCGCUUCUGCAAAAGGCUCUGGAGGGUCACAGUCGAGUACGCUGGGACCACUGGGAGGUCGCCUGUCCUUCAGGUCUUCCCGAAGGCGUUCUCGAGGCUUUCGGCGCGGCUGUCCCCCUCGCUCGCAUACGUCGUCACGACUCGACUGCCCUCCGACUAGCAGCGAAGGAAGCGGCUGAAGACGACCGCGAAGAAGCGGACGACAGCCAGGUCGACAAGAAGGCUUCACCUCGCUUCGACCUGGCGCUCCUUGACAUCAACCAAGAUCUCGGUCAACUCGAAACCCCGAACUCGCCUGCGCAGGCUCCGCGACUCCUCGACGACCUUGACCGCAAGGCCCCCAACGAUCCUUUCUCCCUCUCACAUCUCGCCACCUCUCGCCGUCUAACCUACAUCGCCAUCGGAGCAUCUCAGCACUCCUCGCUUCGGAACCUUCUCAGGUCGAGCGACUCGCUUCGCCGCCUCGACCUCGCCAACGGCCACCCUGCGGCGAUCUUUGCCGAUGAAGACGCGGUGGAAGACAUUGACUACCCGCGCUCGGCGUUCUGGGACGGCGAGGAGGAGUCGGCAGAUUCUCGAGCGGAAGUGUAG